UCGCGGAGAUGAUACGCUACCAGGUGCGGAACGAGUACGGGCUGGCGGAUCCGGACCUGUACGCGCCGGAGGAGGAGGAUGACCCCGAGGCGCUGCUCGAGGGCGUCGCCAUGGCGGGACUUGUCGGCGUCCUACGACAGCUCGGGGAUCUCGCUGAGUUUGCCGCGGAAAUUUUUCACGACCUGCAUGAAGAUGUGAUGGCCGCUGCUUCUAGAGGGCAUGGUUUGAUGCUUAGGUUGCAGCAGCUGGAGGCGAGUUUCCCAUGA